AUGUCUCGUCUUCCUGCUGCAGAGAAGUUGCCCCUUGCACUUCGCAAGAAUAUCCGCGACGACUGGGAGAGCAAAAAGGAAGACCUCCAAAAGGAGCUCUCCGAAGUCCUCGGAGCCGAAUGGACGCUGAAAGACAUCAACCCCAACGAGCUCUACCCCUACGCUGGCGAGGGCUACGGCAAAACGUCCCUCGGCAGCUGCAUUGAGCACUUUUUUUUUUUCCCCCUGCUCGGCAGAUACAUUUCCUCCGCCAUCAGCAACCUCAAGACAUAUGCGACAAAUUAUGGAGACGACGGCAAGUCCGAGAUCAACUCCAUCUGCCACGCCCGAUCAUUGAUCAUCGACAUUGACGACCGGCCUGAUAAGAACCAGCGCGUGACAUACUGCGGCGUCGUAGUCAAGGAUGGCAAGCUCGUUAUCGUCUUCUCAGAGGGAAACCUCGGCACCAACGCUAGCUACGCCAUCGACUCGCAGGGUCUCUUAAAAGCCCUCAACGACGCCCCGCCCGCCCCGGGCGCCGGCGCGGCCAUGAGCUAUGCCGCGCGAACCUCCAUUAGGCAGGACUACGACGAGCAGAUUGAGGAGACGCGCCAGAAGUUGGCCGACAUCCUCGAGAAGCCCGACAUUGUGCUCGUGCCCAACUUCGAGUCCAACUUUGCCAAGUUGAAAGAGGAGGGCAGCAAGAAGAAGAGCGAGGUCAGGGAUGAUUGGGAAAACAACCUCGGCGGCUUCACGAAGAAGUACUUUGAGGGGCUGGUGUACCAGAUGGGUUACCAAAAGUUCGAGGACGACGAGCUGCUGCGGGAGGGUUUCAACGAAGCCGUUGAGAAGGGCGAGGUCCACUUCCGCAUCGUCGACAAGAUGUCGUACGGAACAUACGGCGAAGUCGUCCUCGAGAACGGUGCCGUCUAUGUCCAAGCACUAGCGAAGAACUUUGGAACAAACGUCGAUUACGCUGCGGAGAAGCUCUUGGAUCAGCUCUGA